GGGCGCCCCCUGUCAACUCACUCUUCAGGGAGUUGAUGAUGUGUCUCCUCAACAAGCUGAUGUUUAUGGAGAGCAGACGGCCAGCCAGCGAGAGUAGGAAGUGAAUUACCUCUGUCUGGACAAGUCUCUUAGCCGAGGAAACUUCGGUCCUGGCAGACAUUUCACAAUGGCUUAUUUACAGGGUGAUGAUGACGAAGACCUGCCUCCCAUUGAGAGGCCGGUCAUGGAUCAGCAGGAGAUUGCCGAGACGGGAGAAGGGCUCGUCUCCAACCGAUUUACCGUCUCCGAAUCCUUCAAGAAACUGGAGUCGGGGGAAGCGCCCUCUAUUUUCAGCGGUGAAAAGACAGGUAGAGAAACCGUCUUUAAGAAGAAAGCCCCAGAGGCACCCAAACCCCUGCAGUCAUACGACGCCAGAAUGUGUGCCAUCUGUGGUGAAAAACUCAAGGGUAAAUUUGCCAAAGUCCAGGGACGAGGUGUACACUUUGACUGCUUCAAAUGCUCUGUCUGUGGAGACAACCUUAGAGGACAAGGAUACUUCGGCGGCGAUGGAGUAUACUACUGCCGAAAAGACCGCCCACAGUAACAAAAUGUAUACCACGGAGUAAAUACCCAUGAAUCAACGCGAAUAGCAAUGCAUGAAACAAAGUUUUGAGACAAGCCUCACUUUGCACUGGUUAACAGCAUCAUUCGCAUUACCUAGGCGCAGUGUUCACGACCAACGUGUAUAGAGGCUUCAAACACAAUAUCGUCUCUCACCUUUUUGGGUAUGAAAAACGGCUAGGAACGGUAAAUAAUACGCAUGCGUGCUCGGAGGCAUCCCCUUUCCAUAGACACGUGUGUUUCUGCCAGCUGCAGUUGAUAAUUUCCGGACUCGGCCCAGUUUUGCAUAACUCGUUGCAGCCUAUUUUGCACAAGACCUAAUGUUAAUGUGAUGUUGAAGGCUUGAUACCCGACAAACAAGUAGUAUAGCAAGGGAAUUGUGGUUGACAUUUCGAGAAAAUAUGCAUAAAAUGAACAAGUGCCUUGCUGCUGUAAAUUAAGCCUUAUUUUAAUAAUUUGGUGGUCUUUCGAGAAAAAUAGAGAUUAGAUAGAGAUUCAGUUAUAGCCUUGUUUCAAACAGGUUGACUUAAAGACUCCCUUUAAAUUUGGACUCGUUUGUUCUAGUGCGCAUUCUCGAGUGGCCAACAUUGAAUUAACGGGGAAAAAAUCAGGCCCGGGGAAAGAAGUCCAUUAUCAUCAGGUCAAACAGAUCACUUUUCUUAGGACAUCUGUUUCUGAUAUGAUUCAUUCCACCAUUCGCAGAAGUUGAAAAAUUUCAGUUUUCAACUCCAGCCGAUUAGAUCUCGAAAAUGUUCUGGCAUUCAGUUGGCUAUAUUUUGCUACUUGUGAGCGUAAUUCUAGUCUGCUUAGCAAGGCCCGGGGAGACAAUAAUUGGUAAUCCCGCCGUCAAAAAGGGGACAUAUCCCCGCCCAUGCCCUCCUCCAAACUAAGCACUCGGGGCCCGUGGGAGAAGUUGACCUCGUGUAAUUGCACAUGUCACCGUCAUUAUGCUAUCAUCGCAUCUUCCAGUAUUACUUUUACCACUUUCAUCCGUUCUUUCAUGUGUGUACCAAGCCACUAAGACGCUGGAAUAACAUAAAAAGGUGUUUCUUUUGAGUGAAAUUGUUUACCUGUGCGGAAUAAAAGGCUUUAUUUAAUCAAACUGUACAGUUAUUUGAAA